UCAGAUUGACACCCACACUUCAACACCUAUCAGGCGCACUCUUGGAUCGAUCAGCACAAGACUUCAUUACCCCCCCCCCAGUGGGGAAGUGUGACAAAAGUCAGAAUUGGUGCAAGCGAUAAUGACAUUAGCUGCAGCCUGGAAUAACCCAAAGUGACGGAGCAAGACCCAGGUGUAGAUCAGCUAGCUGCAUGCAUGUUAAGCAGAGAGGCAGCUGCUGUGGCUCCGGUAGCAGCCCAUUGGCUAGUAGCAGCAGACAGUUCUUCCGAGCAGGAUCACAAAGCUUAAGCUGUGAAUAGAGAAACAUCAAGCUAGGAAUCAGCCAGCUGCUAAUAGAGGAGCUUAUGAAAAUUCACUUCUGUAUGUAGCUUCUCCUCCAAGACCAUUAUGAUCACCUUACCUGGACAACUUUUCACAUCUGCCAUUCUAAGGGUCACCCCCAAGGAUGUGACAACAAAAGCGUCUUUUAAGUAGAAAAGCUGCAGAUCCAAGGGGCUCAAUAUUAAAGAGCAUCUCUACUACUGACAAAGAAAUUGGACAAUUUCAGAGAGCUUGAACUUUGCAUUUAAAGCGGUCAAGGGAAAGUGUGAAGCGCAAGCGACUGACGAAGUAAAAUAACACUUUCACCCAAGAGUUUCGCAGCCCUGCCUGGACGAUUUCAACACUUGCACAUCUAAAAAUGUCUGACCAAGAGAUUGAGGACUUUGAUGUGGACAAUAUAUCGGACACUUCUCGAAUGAUCCCAAGCCUCCCUCCAUACAACAUGGAUGACCAGCUCCUGCCCAUGGAGACCCGGAGCAGGUGGGGUUGCUGGAUUUGGACAGUGUUUGUCUCUGGAGCUAACUUUUUGGCGUUUUUAGUUAACUCCCUCGUCCUGGCCGUCAUAUUCUCUAUUGUCUUGACUCCAACUAUCGUUGUGGUCUACUUUGGAUUUAAAUGCCACUCAAGGGUCCUUCACUCGGAUGCCUCAUACUGCAAGACCCUACUAGAUGACAACAGCUCCUCCGCACUCAUAAUCCUGGGUUUCGUCAUGAUGUCCCCACUCAUUGUCCUGGCUAUGGCGGUGUACUGCGGUCUGGCACGCCGCUUACGUCUCUUCAUGCUCUUCCAGCCUUACACACGAGCUCUCUACAAGGGGGUGCGAUGGAGGUGGUAUGAUGAGGGAGGGAUAUGUAGCUGUGUCAGGGAAUGGAAUAAUCAUGUGAAGGCCUGGGUAUAGAAAAAUCUGGGACUGUUCUGAGGAGCUUUUGUUUGGCGUCCAUCAUGCAGAAGUGCCAUCACAAGCUGCAUCCCCAAUCAAACGAACUUGAGUCUACUGGCAUCCUAGUUAAUACAUCUGAAAGACAUUUUGCUUUCCCUGGCUGGUGACAUACAUGUGACAUAAUAUCUUGUGAUGACUUGUUGUAAAAUAUAUGAACUGCUAGAACAGAGUUGGGCAACCGCUUAGAUAUUAGGGACUAAAGAGUGGCACCAUAUUUCUUUAAAAAGGAAACCCAAACUGAGUUGCCAGCGCUAACUCUUAAUUAAAAUGCUGGUUCCUUGGCUGCCCAGGGACUGCAAUGCUUUUUGAAUAAAUUACCUAAAACAGACAUUC